UUUUAUAGCAUAUCAAAUUAGUCGUGUUUUAAUUUGUUUGCAGUGUUGUAAUUAUAAUCCAAAUAGUGAUUAAUUUUAGGUUUACGUUUAUUAUGAACUUGUAAACGUGUAAAAUGAAGGAUAUUUGGGUGCUGUGUUUGUGUCUCGUGAAAGUAGCCUCAAGUAUAGAGCAUGAUUUCAAAGGUUUUGAUGAUACCAUAUUAUUUGGAAUUAACUGGCCCGGCAGCCAGGAUAUCCAACAUCUAGUCGAUGGAGAAGUUAGUAAACUUGAGCUACCAAAAAAGGAGAUCCUUAAAGUGACUACAGCUAACAAAGAGAAGUAUGAAUGCCGUAUACCAGAGCUACGUGCUAAAGAGUCAACGAACAUUGAGGAUUACGAUGGUCCGUCUCCACUGAGUCUGCUAAAGCCCCUGUUCUCUCAGAAGAUAUGUUCAUAUAGGCUUGAGAGUUACUGGAGUUACGAAGUGUGUCAUGGAAGAUAUAUUCGACAGUAUCAUGAGGAGAGAGAAGUUGUGAAAACCAAUCAACCUGGUGCAACGGUCACUUUAUAUAAAGGCAAACAAGUGAAAACCCAAGAGUUCUACCUGGGUCACUGGAGUUCAGAAAAGCAUGCUAAGUUAGAGGCUGAUGUGAAGGCUGCUCAGGAGACUAAGGAGCCCUAUAGGAUGACCAAAGUUGAUGGCGCUAAGCUGCCCUCGGUGGAAAUGGUUCUAGAUGAUGGCACAGUCUGUGACUUGAGCGGCAAGCCUCGUCUGACCAGAGUUCUUUACGUUUGCUAUACUCAUGGAAAGCACGAAGUUUACUCCUUUAAAGAGACAUCAACUUGCGAGUAUGAGAUCAUCAUACUUUCUCCAUUACUCUGUGAACAUCCUCAAUUCAGGCCUAAAGAUGUCAGCGAGAAUAUCAUAGACUGUUUGCCAGUUGACGAUGCUCCUAAGAAACCAAGGAGUCUAUUGAAAAUGGAGGUUGACAGUCUCAGGUUCCAUCAUCAGACUAUUCGAAUGAUGAGCAAUGAUAACGAUCCUAAGGACGUACUAGCUGUGUUGAAAGUUGAGAAAAUUGAUAAGGAUGGUGAAACUCACCUUAAAUUCGAGCUGCACCCGUUGAAUGAAGAUGAAGACUUGGUGGAAGAUAGUAAGCCUCAGUUGGCUGAUAAACCGGCGCCGGUCAUUACUGAUGAUUCACCAGUGAGGGCUUUUCUUAAUGGAGAGAAUUGUCUUAAUGGAGGCACAGGCUGGUGGAAAUACGAGUUCUGUUACGGCAAGCAUGUAGUUCAGUACCACGUAGAUCGCACUGGAGAGAAAACUACACUACUGCUGGGCAAGUUCGACGAACGCGCCCAUUUGGACUGGAUCAAGGAGAACAAGGGGAAGGCUCCUAAACCUGUUGAAUACCGCACAUCAGUCUCUCAUUUCUACUCAAACGGAGACGUAUGCGACAAGACAGGCAAGCCUAGGCAAACCGAAGUGAAGCUCAAAUGUCUAGAAAAUUCCUCCAGCCCAGCUCAAGUUUCCCUCUAUUUACUAGAACCUAGAACCUGCCACUACAUCUUAGGGGUCGAAUCACCCCUCAUAUGUGAUAUUCUACCUCUAGCAGACAAUACAGGGUUGAUCAAAUCUGUUAAAACGGUACUAGAAACGCAAGAAGCUACUACAGAUAAAAAAGACGAAGAUAUCAAGUUGUAUAAGGAAAAGGUGGCCCAAAAGUUCGGGAAUGACUAGUUUUCGUUGUGAUUGGUGAAUAAAUUGUUUAUUUAUUAAUUUA